AUGAGGAAAGGUCUGCGGGCGACAGCGGCCCGCUGCGGACUGGGACUGGGAUACGUGCUGCAAAUGUUCGUGCUACCUGCCCUGGCCCUACUCAGCGCCAGCGGCACCGGCUCGGCCGCUCAAGAUGAUGACUUUUUUCAUGAACUCCCAGAAACAUUUCCGUCUGAUCCACCUGAGCCUCUGCCACAUUUCCUCAUUGAGCCUGAAGAAGCUUACAUUGUGAAGAACAAGCCUGUGAACCUGUAUUGUAAAGCCAGCCCUGCCACUCAGAUCUACUUCAAGUGCAAUAGUGAAUGGGUUCAUCAGAAGGACCACGUAGUAGAUGAGAGAGUAGACGAAACCUCUGGUCUCAUUGUCCGGGAAGUGAGCAUUGAGAUUUCACGCCAGCAAGUGGAAGAACUCUUUGGACCUGAAGAUUACUGGUGUCAGUGUGUGGCCUGGAGCUCAGCGGGCACUACAAAGAGCCGGAAGGCAUAUGUGCGCAUCGCAUAUCUACGGAAGACAUUUGAGCAGGAACCCCUAGGAAAGGAAGUUUCGUGACAAGAAGUCUUGCUCCAGUGUCGACCUCCGGAAGGGAUCCCAGUGGCUGAGGUGGAAUGGUUGAAAAAUGAAGACAUCAUUGACCCUGUUGAAGAUCGGAAUUUUUAUAUUACUAUUGAUCACAACCUCAUCAUAAAGCAGGCCCGCCUCUCAGACACUGCAAAUUACACCUGUGUCGCCAAGAACAUUGUUGCCAAGAGGAAAAGCACAACUGCUACUGUCAUAGUCUAUGUAAAUGGUGGCUGGUCCACCUGGACAGAGUGGUCUGUGUGUAAUAGCCGCUGUGGACGAGGGUUUCAGAAACGGACAAGGACCUGUACCAACCCAGCACCUCUCAAUGGCGGUGCCUUCUGUGAAGGGCAGAGUGUGCAGAAAAUAGCCUGUACUACGUUAUGCCCAGUGGAUGGCAGGUGGACCUCAUGGAGCAAGUGGUCUACUUGCGGGACCGAGUGCACCCACUGGCGCAGGAGAGAGUGCACAGCACCAGCACCCAAGAACGGAGGCAAGGACUGUGAUGGCCUCGUCUUGCAAUCUAAGAACUGCACUGAUGGGCUUUGCAUGCAGACUGCUCCGGACUCAGAUGACGUCGCUCUCUACGUGGGGAUUGUCAUAGCAGUGAUAGUGUGCCUGGCCAUCUCGGUAGUGGUGGCCUUGUUUGUGUAUCGGAAGAAUCAUCGUGACUUUGAGUCUGACAUCAUUGACUCUUCAGCACUCAACGGGGGCUUUCAGCCUGUGAACAUCAAGGCGGCCAGACAAGAUCUCCUGGCAGUGCCCCUGGAUCUCACAUCAGCUGCGGCCAUGUACAGGGGACCCGUCUAUGCCCUGCAUGACGUCUCGGACAAAAUCCCAAUGACCAACUCUCCAAUUCUGGAUCCACUGCCCAACCUGAAAAUCAAAGUGUACAACACCUCCGGUGCUGUCACCCCCCAAGAUGACCUCUCAGAGUUCACGUCCAAGCUGUCCCCACAGAUGACUCAGUCCCUGUUAGAGAAUGAGGCUCUCAAUCUGAAGAAUCAGAGUCUCGCAAGACAGACGGAUCCAUCCUGUACGGCAUUUGGCACCUUCAACUCCCUGGGAGGUCACCUCAUUGUUCCCAAUUCAGGAGUCAGUUUGCUGAUUCCCGCUGGGGCCAUUCCCCAAGGGAGAGUCUACGAAAUGUAUGUGACUGUACACAGGAAAGAAAAUAUGAGGCCACCCAUGGAAGACUGUCAGACACUCUUGACCCCUGUGGUGAGCUGUGGGCCCCCAGGAGCCCUGCUGACUCGCCCCGUCAUCCUCACGAUGCAUCACUGUGCGGACCCCAGUACCGAGGACUGGAAGAUACAGCUAAGGAACCAGGCAGCACAGGGACAGUGGGAGGAUGUGGUGGUGGUCGGAGAGGAAAACUUCACUACCCCCUGCUACGUGCAGCUGGACGCGGAGGCCUGCCACAUCCUCACGGAGAACCUCUGCACCUACGCCCUGGUCGGCCAGUCCACCACCAAAGCCGCCGCCAAGCGCCUGAAGCUGGCCCUGUUCGGGCCCCUGUGCUGCUCCUCCCUGGAGUACAGCAUCCGCGUCUACUGUCUGGACGACACCCAGGAUGCCCUGAAGGAAGUUGUACAUCUUGAGAGGCAGAUGGGAGGACAGCUCCUAGAAGAACCGAAGGCUCUUCAUUUCAAAGGCAGCACCCACAACCUGCGCCUGUCAAUUCACGAUGUUGCCCAUUCCCUCUGGAAGAGCAAAUUGCUGGCUAAAUAUCAGGAAAUUCCUUUUUACCAUAUCUGGAGUGGGUCUCAAAGAAACCUCCACUGUACCUUUACUCUGGAAAGAUUUAGCCUGAACACGGUGGAGCUGGUGUGCAAACUGUGCGUGCGGCAGGUGGAAGGAGAAGGGCAGAUCUUCCAGCUGAACUGCACCGUGUCGGAGGAACCUACUGGCAUCGAUUUGCCACUGCUGGAUCCUGCGAGCACCAUCACCACUGUCACAGGGCCGAGUGCGUUCAGCAUCCCUCUCCCCAUCCGGCAGAAACUCUGCAGCAGCCUGGACGCCCCGCAGACCAGAGGCCACGACUGGAGGAUGCUGGCCCAUAAGCUAAACCUGGAUAGGUACUUGAAUUACUUUGCCACCAAAUCCAGCCCCACUGGCGUAAUCCUGGAUCUCUGGGAAGCACAGAACUUCCCAGAUGGAAACCUGAGCAUGUUGGCAGCUGUGUUGGAAGAGAUGGGGAGACAUGAAACCGUCGUGUCGUUAGCAGCAGACGGGCAGUACUGA